GUGAACUGGCUUCUUGGAUCUGGCACAUGAUACACCCAUUUUUAGCCAAAUUCGCAGCUUAUCGAGCAUCUAAGCAUCGAAAUGAGGCGUAGACUGACAGAAUUAUUCCCCAAGGUCCUGCAUGACCGCAUAACAUUCGUCUUCUUUCUGCUUGGGGGACCAUUUUGUGUCUGGUACGAGUUUUAUCUUGUGAUGCCAACGUACACCUACAACCCAGAUUUGUUGUGGGUCCACAAACUUGUUGUCUCGGUCAUUUUUGCCGGCGUAUAUGGCAAUCUCUUCUUCAUGAUCAGCAGUGACACAUCAACAAAACCAGAGAGGCAACUCGCAUUAAAUGCCGCUACAGAAGACGACCCGAGCACUGAUAAGAAAAUGUGGAACUAUUGCGAAAAAUGUGAAAGACUUUGCCCGCCACGAUCACACCAUUGCAAAAUUUGCAACGUAUGUAUCCUAAGAAGAGACCAUCAUUGCUGGUUUUCUGGAUACUGUGUGGGACAUACAAACCAGCGUCAUUACAUCAUGACCAUUGCAUAUUGUUGGUUAGCAGGACUAUAUGCCCAUAUCUACCAAAUCGAAUUCAUACGUCAAACUCUGGGGUUCUCGUUUCGUACCCUGAUAUCGGUGAUAGCGCCUCACAUGGUGUGGCUCCUUGGUUACUACACAAACUGGGAGUUCUUUAUUGCUGCCCUGUUCUCCCUGGCUGUUGGAUUCUUCCUACUUUUGACUUGGCUUCUGCAGAUCCAGUUAGCUCAGGUUAUGACUGGGCAGACCAAACAUGAACGUACGAAAGGAAUGCCUGGAGAUGAUAAAGGAUUUAUUCGCAAUAUCCAGGAGGUGCUUGGGACACGUUGGUACCUAGUCUGGGUCUGUCCCUUUGCUUUGUCUCCACUACCAGGAGAUGGGAUCCAUUAUGGAAGCAGCUUCCGGAAAUCAGAUUGAGCCGAGCAUUUGGACUGAAUUGAAGUAGCUUCCAGAAGGAAAACCAAACACAAACAUGGUGAACUUUCAUAGUCACGAUAGUGCCAUUUGAACUCAAUGUCUUGCUGAUAGUCACACUAGACAAACUGUUAUCAAACUAAAAAUUACCAGCUUGUGCUCUAUACUCCAGGCAGCAGUUGUCUUCAAUGGCACUCCAGGCAGCAGUUGUCUUCAAUGGCAGAUUAAGUGUUAUUUACUUGGAUUCUGUUGUCACAAUCAUUUUACAAGGGAUUUGUCUCAGUGCUGACUAGUCAGACUUUUGGUUUUAUUUCAUUGGUGUUGAACUUUUGAUCAGGUACAAUAUCUUUGCAUUGUCCUUUGAGAGAAGUGAGGUUUAAUUCUUGCAAUAAGACAUACACAUACAUGUAUGAUUACUUUAGUUUUUGGCAAAUCUAUUCCAAUAUGAAAUCUUUUUAAAUUUUGCUACUGUCCAUAUUGAUGAAUAUUUCCAUCCAGUCAAUAAAAU